AUGAGCAACUAUUAUGAUUUAGACGACAUACUGGCCGAGGAUGAGAAGCUUCCCGUUACGUUUCGGACCGGCGCGACGGGAGUGGGACGAGCUCUAGACCCGAGCACAGACGCCGAUGACCUGGCAAUGGGCGCCAAGGUGGACUUGCCAGUGUGGAUGGUGCCGGCGCUAGCAAAGCGAAACAUGGUGUCAGCCUUGGAACCCAGGAUGUUCGGCGAGAGGAUUCGGAAGGAGGUGCAAGCAGACGCUGCGUGUGUCAAUCUCCGUGCCUGCUCGCCCUACUACUACUCCUUGGGCACCAAAAUUGCUCCUUGGGUGCGGGACAAGACGCUGACGCGCUUCCUGUUUACCACCUUUGUGGAGCGUUAUGCUGACCUGCUCACACGCGCCUUCGUGCUCCCGGAGAAGGAGGUGCCUCGUGUGCGCCGCCUGCUGCCCAAGGAAGAGCAGCAAUUGCUGUCUGCAGGGUAUGCAGCCAUGCGCAGGUACACAGCAUGGCAGGAGCAGAGCUGUAACCGUCUGUUGGUCUCUCCCAUUCUUGGGCGCAGCCUUUCUCGCAAGCGUGCCAGGUUGCCUUUUGCUGAUGUGAGCAACAAUAAUGGCAACACAACAAGCGCCAGCACUGAUGGUGAAAGAGGGAAGGGUGGAGGUGGAUGGGGAGGUGGAAGCACAUCCAGCAGUGGCUGGGGUGCUGGUUCUGUUGGAGACGGUUAUGAUGGGAGACCUGGUGGAAACCAGAGACAACGGAGGUGA